UCUCACCUUCCACCUUCCUUCUUAAAUCUUACAAACUAAAACAAUCAGUACUCUCUCCCUUUGUCCGGAUGGAUACUCUAUCCUUUUUUUCCAGACUUCCAAAGUGUGACAUUUGAAAAUGUGAGGAAGUGGUCUGGAAAGGGGUGGUCAUUUAAUUCACUAUCAACUAACAACUACCAUGUGCUUUGUUCCUGGCUGGGCAUGGACAUUGGCAUGGGCAUUACCCGAUGAAGGUGCUGUCUCAUCGGAUGAAGACUUAAGCGGAGGAGAGAUGGAAGCUGUGGAGGCGGAGCCUCAAACCAAAGGCGAGAACAGGGAUCUCAAGGACAAACUUUUACGUAGAUUUGGCAGUCAUAUUAGUACCUUAAAAUUGGAGUUCUCUAAGAAGAAGAAAAAGGGAAAAUUGCCCAAAGAAGCCAGGCAAAUACUCUUUGAAUGGUGGAGUGUUCACUAUAAAUGGCCUUAUCCUACGGAAGCCGAUAAGGUGGCGCUGGCAGAGAGAACAGGGCUUGACCAGAAGCAAAUUAACAAUUGGUUCAUAAAUCAACGGAAACGCCACUGGAAGCCAUCAGAGAAUAUGCAGUUUGAAACAAUGGAUGGGCUUUCUUCUGGUAGAUUCUUCAGAGAGGACUGAGACACUCAAUUAACCAUCUCAACA